UCCCCCACUCCAUUUAUUCACGCGCUCUCUUAUUACUUUCUCCUCUACGUUGAAACUUGACACACAGCCUUUCCGCGGACGCACCCAAAUCCAUCACGGGAAUACCCCCGGAAAACUCAGAUCUGCUACCCGGAAAACUCUCCUGAGUUUCCACCGAAAUGUACAACAAUGUUGGGGCCCAGCCUGGUGUGCCAGGACCACCAACAAACUCUCAGCCUAAUCCAUUUGGAAAUGCAUUUUAUGGAGCCGGUUCAGGUCUCAUCAGAGGUGGAUUGGGUGCAUAUGGAGAAAAAAUUUUAGGAUCGAGCUCUGAAUAUGUGCAAAGCAAUAUAAGCAGGUAUUUCUCAGAUCCCCAAUACUAUUUCCAAGUGAAUGACCACUAUGUGAGGAACAAAUUAAAGGUGGUUCUGUUUCCAUUCCUGCACAGGGGCCAUUGGACACGAAUUACGGAGCCAGUAGGGGGUAGGCUCUCAUAUAAACCCCCAAUUUAUGAUAUAAAUGCACCAGAUUUAUACAUUCCAUUUAUGGCAUUUGGUACCUACGUUGUUCUUGCUGGCUUCUCGUUGGGUCUUCAUGGAAAGUUUAGCCCAGAAGCUCUGAACUGGUUGUUCAUCAAGGGAUUGGUUGGGUGGUUUCUGCAAGUUGCACUUCUGAAAGUGACAUUGCUAUCAUUGGGUAGUGGGGAGGCACCCCUGCUGGACAUUGUGGCUUAUGCAGGGUAUACUUUCACAGGGAUGUGUUUGGCUGUUCUUGGUAAGGUAAUGUGGGGAUACUCGUACUAUUUUUUGAUGCCUUGGACCUGUUUAUGCAUGGGUAUCUUCUUGGUGAAAACGAUGAAGAGAGUCCUCUUUGCAGAGGUGAGGAGUUAUGAUUCGAGCAAGCACCACUAUCUCUUGCUCUUUAUAGCUCUGGCUCAAUUCCCACUUUUCAUAUGGCUUGGCAACAUUAGUGUUCAUUGGCUAAUGUAGAUGCUUCAUUUUAUGUAGUUAGAAAUGGUCUGUGUUCAUAGCACUUGUUAAAAUGUUGUAGGCAAUUUUCUUGAUUUUGUAUUGACUUACUGUGCUUCGCUCCCAGAAGAUUCAACAUUUAUAUAGUUUCCUUUCAGUGUGUUUUGUGUUUAAGGUGUUACAUUAUUACAUUGGAAGCAAUCAUAUGGGAGAGUAGAAUGGCAGAUAAUCAGAAAUUCAUUUAUGAACCAAAAA